AUGGGAGGGGGAGGAUCAAAGGGGCCAAAGACCCCCCUCCAAUGCAUGUUGGAUCAUUUUAAGGAAUUUAAAGUGUAUACUCAGGAGGAAGGGCUGCAGAAAUUUAAACUACGGAAUUUGUGUGAAACGGAUUGGCCACAGUACCCUCUUUCCCGCCCAUGGCCCCCUGAGGGGACAAGUGAUCCCAAACUGGCCUUGGAGGCAUUAAUAUAUGCAGACCGGGUCCAUCCAGACCAGUGGAAGUAUCUUGAUGCUUGGGGAGCGGUUUUGGAGAAACAGCCUGGGUGGUUGAAGGAAUGCAAGUGCAUGAAUGUUGGUGCCAUAGUGGAUGAAAGGAACAAAGGCACCGGCACGAUUAGUGUCCGGCGGGUAUUUGGAGCACCAAGGGAAAAGAAACUGGAAGGGAGAGUUAACCCCUAUCCGGACUCGGGAAAUCCAGCUGAUGAGCCGCAGCCGGUUCCCCCAUACACCCCCGCCUUCUAUCCCCCGUUGCCGCCUCAACUUGGUCUAGGUGCGAUUGGAGGAGCUGGCCCCGCUACGGCCCCACCUUUGCAGGGGCCUGAGGUGGAUUCCAGUCUUGAACCGUACCUACCCCCAAAGGAGGAAUUUGAACAAAUGUCCCUAGAGGAACAAAAUCGGAGGCUUACUAGGGCAAUGAAAAAAGCAAAGGAGGCAAGGAAGCAAGAGGCUGGGCAGGAGGAGGGGCUGCGGGAAGCCGAGGCACUGUGCCCUGUUAGGGAGGUGCCUCAGCUUGUUCCUGUAGCACCGGAUGAAGAUGGAACACCAAAGUUUGAGACUCGGGUGGUGUAUCAGCAUGUGCCAUUCACUAGCUCGGAUCUUCUGAACUGGAAGGCAUCUCGACCUUCCUGGACAGAGGACCCGAGGGGAAUGGCAAGUCUAGUGGAAGGCAUUGUUCAGACCCAUAAUCCCAGUUGGGUAGAUUUGAAACAAUUAAUAGAAAUGUUGCUAACAGCUGAGGAGCGUGUGUUGAUGACACAAGUAGGGAAGCAGGAAGCUUUGAAAGAGCAUGCAAGCACACACAGUCAGCAAGCAGCAGAUGUAUACCAGGAAGCGGUAUUCCCAGUAGGGCGAGAUCCCCGCUGGGACCCUAAUGUGCCGGAAAACAAGGAUUCUUUGAAGUUGUACCAGCAGUUGAUUGUUCGUGCCUUGAGAAAGGGAUCCCCACGGAUCCCUAACGUAAGGAAAAUUUAUGAGAUGGAACAGGAGAAAGAUGAGAGCCCAGCAGCGUUUUUGGAAAGGUUGAGGGAGGCUUUUAUGAAGUACUCUCCGUAUGAUAUGGAAGAUCAGGAUGAUAAGGCUGAAGGGAAAGUGGUGUUGAAGAGUGCCUUCAUCAGUCAGUGUGCACCAGACAUUCGGAGAAAGCUUCAGAAGAGCCCUGGGCUGGUACACAUGACUUUGGAAAGGGUGAUGGAGGUGGCUAGCCAGACCUACAUGUCCCGUGAGGCUGUGCAGGCCAAGCAGGAGGAGGCAAAGGUGUGUCGGAGAGCAAAGUUGGUUGCAGCUGUGUUUCAAGGAGAAGGGCCCAGUGGGCCAGGAUGGAAAGGGAGAGGACAAGGCCAGGACAGACCGGCUCCGAGGCCCCGGGGAAGACAUGGGAUGGUUCGGAUUGGUCCGGGGGAGCCUUUGGUCUGUAUGGAAGUUGGAAACCAAUCUGUUGAGUUUAUGCUUGAUUCCGGGGCCUCAAAGUCAGUGGUGAACACGGUUGUGUCUCACCCUACUAGUGAAAAUGUAAAUAUCGUAGGAGCCACGGGGAGGCGAAGAGCCUGCCCCCUAUUGGCAGAAAGGGAGUGUUCAUUGGGAGGGCACCGGGUUCGGCAUAAGUUCAUCUAUAUGCCAGAAUGCCCAGUGCCUCUCCUGGGUAGAGACGUUUUGUGUAAAAUGAGAGCAGCAUUGCUUUUUGAGAAGGACGGAUCUCUGUUGGCAGGGUUUAGAGAAGGACAGAAUGGGCAGGAAUUGGAUAGGCGUUUGCAAAUGGCUUUGGAACUACCAGUGGAGGAGGAGUGGAGAUUGUACACGGUAAUAGAGGAAAGAACCGAUUGGGAGGCUUUUGGUGUCCCAAAGGUAUGGGCUGAAGAUAACCCUCCAGGAUUGGCAAAAGAUGUUCCACCAGUGGUGAUUGAGUUAAAGCCCUUUGCCAAUCCGGCUGUAGUCCAUCAGUAUCGUCUCCCUCGGGCGGCGGUGGUUGGAAUUGCAGCCUAUUUGGAGAAGUUGGAAAAAUAUGGUAUUCUGGUUCCUUGCCAGUCGCCAUGGAACACACCCCUCUUGCCAAUCCAGAAGCCGGAUGGAACUUACCGGCCUGUACAAGACUUACGGGCAGUUAAUAAGUUGGUGAUUCCUCUUCACCCGGUGGUCCCAAAUCCCUACACCCUGCUGAGCCUGAUUCCACCUCACCACCAGUGGUUCACGGUCCUGGAUCUUAAGGAUGUUUUUUGCAUCCGCUUGGCUAAGAAGAGCCAGGAGAUCUUUGCUUUUCAAAGAGAAGAUCCAGAGACGGGACACAAGGGCCAGAUGACGUGGGCCAGACUUCCGCAGGGAUUUUGCAACUCACCAACGAUUUUUGGGCAAGCUUUGGCUCAGGACUUGUUGCCUUUAGUCAAAAAUGACAAGGGAUGGACUAUUUUGCAGUAUGUGGAUGACAUACUUUUGGGAACAGAUACUAGAGAACAGUGUCUAGAAGGAACUCAGGCUCUGUUACAGUUCUUGGCAGAGAAAGGUUACAAGGUUUCUAAGAAGAAGGCUCAAUUGGUACAGCGAGAGGUUAAGUAUUUAGGUUUUCGGCUGGCUCAAGGUUUCCGGAGGUUGGAGGUGGAACGUAAAGAGGCCAUCUGUUCCAUCCCCACCCCCCAGACGAAGAAACAGAUUAGGGAAUUCUUGGGGGCGGCGGGGUUCUGUCGCAUAUGGGUUCCAAAUUUCGGACUAUAUGCUAAACCCCUCCACGAGGCUACAAAAGGGAAAUCAGGAGACCCAUUGGUGUGGGGUCCAGAGCAGCAACUUGCAUUUGAAGACCUCAAGAAAGCUUUGAUGUCGGCCCCCGCUUUGGGGCUACCUGAUUUGGAGAAGAUCUUUUACUUAUAUGUAGGAGAAAGAAAGGGAGUGGCAGUUGGAGUGUUGACUCAACUUGUAGGGAGCUGGCCUCGACCAGUGGCUUAUUUGUCGAAGCAACUGGACAAUGUGGCUUGUGGAUGGCCCCCAUGCUUAAGGGCUGUGGCAGCCGCUGCAGUCCUUGUGGAAGAAGCAAAUAAAUUGACUUUGGGACAGCCCAUCAUCUUGAAGUGCCCCCAUGCUGUAGUAACCUUGAUGGAACAUAGGGGGCACCAUUGGCUCACAAACAGCCGAAUGUUAAAAUAUGAAAGCAUGUUGGUGGACAAUCCUCAGGUCACCUUGUCUGUGUGUGCAACUUUAAACCCAGCUACCCUUCUACCGGUGGAAGAAGGAACCUUGAUGCAGCACGAUUGUUUGGAGGUGAUGGAUGAGGUCUACUCAAGUAGGCCAGAUCUCAAAGAUGUACCUUUUCAGACCCCUGAGUGGGUGCUUUUCACAGAUGGUAGCAGUGUGGUGAUUGCAGGACAACGAAAAGCAGGGUAUGCUGUGGUGACAGGGGAUGGGAAGACCUUGGAGGCAAAGGGGUUGCCCCCAGGGACCUCCGCCCAGAAGGCUGAGCUUAUUGCUCUCACCAGGGCUCUACAAUUGGCAAAGGGAAAGAAAGUCAAUAUUUACACUGACUCAAAAUAUGCUUUCACUACCCUGCACGCCCACGGUGCCAUAUACAAAGAAAGGGGUUUGUUAACCUCAGCAGGACAACAGAUUAAGAAUGCUAGUGAAAUUCUACAGCUUUUGGAAGCAGUAUGGGAACCAAAGGAAGUAGCCGUAAUGCAUUGUAAGGGACAUCAGUACGGUGAGGACCAAGUGACUCAAGGGAAUCGGCUGGCUGACCAACAAGCCAGAAGAGUGGCUGAGUGUAGUGCACCGGAGGAGACAGUGUUGCAAUUAGAUGUCACACCAGUGAUAGGGACCAUGACCUACUCUGCAGAGGAAAAGGAGUGGGCUUUGAAUGAGGGAGCGAGGUGGAAGGACGGAAUUCUUUUAUUACCCAAUAGCAAGGGUGUGAAACCGUGGGUGCACUAUACCCGCAUCAAGAAGGACUAUACUGCUAAGGACCCAGACUUUUGGCAAGUAAACCUGAAUCCGGACAAUCCACUAAAAUUCACUCUCAACAAAGUUAAGGGACAGGCUAAGGGCUACCCUGAAGAGGAGGGGGAUCCAGCUUCAUAG